AUGUACGAAUACAUACUGCCGUUUAAUGGAUUUCGUGUAAACUAUACGGGGAAGAUGGGUCUACCGGCUGGCGGUAGUUUAUCGCUGUUCUGUCCCGGUGGGGACUUAGGGCAGCCUCCUCCAGCCCACAUGGGCAUACCUCCGCCUUACCAGCUUGAUUCGAAGCUUGGUGAGUAUUUUGCUGCAGGCUUAGCGAGGACACCCAUGUACCCUUUUCCCGGGGGAACUUAUCCUUACCCCAUGCUCAGCCCCGAAAUGUCACAAGUAGCCGCCUCGUGGCAUACCCCGAGCAUGUACCCUAUAUCUUCGGCGGCGAGUGGUUUCCGGAGUCCGUACCCUACCUCGCUGCCAAUACCAAGUUCUAGUCUGUCAAGUGAAUUAUACCGAUUCUCCCCAACAUUGGGCGGAGGUUUAGGCCUCGGCCUAGGACCCGCGCUGGUGCCUCCGCCCUCGUCAAAAGCCGACGUCGAUUCAUACCAAUCACGGUAUGCGAGGUCAAUAGAGAAAGGUAGUAGCAGUUCGGCAAGUGAUAAGCCGGCUGAAAGCUCCUCGGCUAACAGCAAGGAGCAAAACAAAAAACCCCAUAUCAAAAAACCUCUCAACGCCUUUAUGUUAUACAUGAAGGAGAUGAGGGCGAAGGUUGUCGCGGAGUGCACAUUGAAAGAGUCAGCGGCAAUCAAUCAGAUUUUAGGCAGACGGUGGCACUCGUUGAGCCGUGAGGAGCAGGCAAAAUACUAUGAAAAAGCGAGGCAAGAGAGACAGCUCCAUAUGCAGCUGUACCCCGGAUGGAGCGCGCGCGACAACUACGGUUACGGUUCCAAAAAGAAAAAGCGGAAAAAGGACCGAAGUCCAGCCGAGCUGGGAGGGAAUAAUUUGAAGAAAUGCCGUGCAAGGUACGGCCUGGACCAGCAGAACCAAUGGUGCAAGCCUUGCAGGCGGAAGAAAAAGUGCGUACGAUACAUGGGAGCCCUGGCGGAGGCGACGGGGUCCAUGUCGCUGCCGAUGGCGACGCCCCAAUCACCUUGCUCUGAGGAGGACGUGAAGUUGGAGGAGUUGUCUGACGCGUCGAGCGACGGCGAUGCGGACACGCCGCUCAACUCCGCGUCCAGCCCCGGCGGCCUCAGCGCGCUGUCGUCCCUCGCGUCGCCUGCGUCCGAUCCCCCGCCCAACCCCCCGCGCAACCCCGUCGGUACUAACCCCCGGGACGCGAACAACCCCCUAUCAGUCGGACAACUCACCUCCCAGUCUUGGCCCCGCGCGGCGCAGGCGAGACCCGGACACGAGGUGAUAUCGGUCUCAUAG